AUGCGUAAAAGAAGUAUAUUAUUUACUAUAGUGUGUCUCUUGAUAGUAACGAUUAAGUCUGAUGUUGGUGAAAGUGACUAUGUAAUCAAUGAAAAUAGGCAUUCAUCAGAAAACGAAGAAAGUCGAACAAUUUUAAAUGACACAAAUCAAAUUUUUGAAGCUACUCAAACUUCAGCGGAGAUGAAUUCCGUGAAUGAAACGCCUUCACAACCUUCUCCAGCAGCUCAAACUCAUAAAUCUGAAGAAUCUGCUCAAUUUUCUUUGGCGUCUUCAACUCCAGCGAAUGAAAUAGCGCCUCAACCAACUCAAGCGGCUCCAACUCCGGUGAAAGAAAUAUCAUCACAAUCUUCUCCGAGUUUUGAGACUGAAAGACCUUCUCAACCAUCUCCAGUGGCUCCAACUUAUGAGACUGAGGUACCUCCCGAACAUUCACAGGAUACUUCAACUCCGGCGAAUGAAGAAAGCCCUAAACCAACUCAAAUUGCUCGAUCAUCAGUUGAUGAGGAUGCUAUUAGGAAUGCUGAUACAGCUUUUGAAAGUAACAUAGAAUCUUCUCUGGAUGUAUCAACGACAGAAGCAAGUAUCAAUGAAGCUGAAGAAAUCAUACACACAGAAGAUAAAAGUCACGUAGCUAUUGAAGACAACAACAAAGAAGUUUAUCAUACUGAAUUCGAAAGUCAUCGAAAUGAAGAUCUUUAA